UAAGAUGCAUAUAAACUGAAUCAUGCUUUAAAAAAGACUUUAUAAAGGUGUGUUUCUGUUUGUUUUCUGGGUGGAGCACGUGGGAAAGCGCCAAUCAGCGCGCCGGUGUGUUUGUUUGUGGGCGGAGCUUAUGCUGUGGCUUGUGAGCGCUGUUCCUUCAAACGUUCAUGUUGUAGCGUUGAGAUCCAGACCGCUGACUUCACCUGUUGUGGGCUUAAUAUUUUACAUUCUUCUUACUUUAAUUCUCACUUUACGAUAGAGAAAGUUUCUCCCACGCACUGAAGCUAUGGCGGAACGGUCCUGAAGUGAAACAGACACCGGACUGCUUUUCUUCUCGACCUGGACGGAGAGUGGACGCCGGUUUUUAAAGGGCGCUCGUGCGGCGAUGCUGAAUCUGACCGCGAUGAUUGAGGUGUCGAUCCCCUCUAUGCACCGAGAAGUGGACGAGUCAGGAAAGUCACACAAACUCUUCAGGGUGGAGAUUUUGUUCAAUGGAAGAAAGCACUUUGUUCUGCGGCGGCAGAGUGAUUUCCAGACGUUGCACCGGAAGCUCAAGAAGAUCCUGCAGCCACCUGAAUUCCCCAGCAAGAGAACCCAGCUGCGCUCUAAACCACUGGAGCAGAGACGGCAGGAGCUGGAGGACUACAUACAGGUGAUCCUGUACCAGAACGAAGUGGUUCCUCAGGAGCUGCUAGAUUUCCUGGAUGUGAAACACUUCCACAAAAGAAAUGAUGCAAACAAGAACUGUGGUUUUCGAGAAGAACAGCAGAAGGACAGACAAGAACUGGGGAAAAGCUGUGAGCUGCUGCAUCAGAGAGUGGUGGGUUUCUCCAGUGACCCUUAUCUUGUUGCUUCAGAGUCAGACCUGCCGGAUGUGGUUGUAGCUGGUGUCCUGCAGGGCUUCUUCCCCAGAGACAAUAAGGUGGGCUUAAGGACAUGCUCCAAGUCCAGCAUUAGGCAUGGUCGAAGACUUCCUUCUAUCCCCACCAUCGUCAUAGACAGAUGCAGCCUGAGCUCAUUACCAGAAGCACAGACGACCUGAGACAUGGGAGAGGUUUCUUUUUCCAAAACUGACCAGGCUUCCUGCUUUUGGGAUCUUACCUCAGAAGGGCUGGUGCUUUGAUUAUAUGGAUAAAAGCCAUGAGCACUGAUAAGGCUCUCUGUAAGGCAGGGAUGAGGAAAGCCAAUAUUGUUUACAUAUUCUGCUUGGUUUGGAACUUGGAGUUUUAGUAUCUGUCGCUAACGCACUUUCAGUAUGUACUUUACCCUGGUCAGGGUCACGAUGGAUCCGAUCCUGGGAAUACUGGGUGCAAGGCAGGAAUACACCCUGCAUGAGACACCUGUCCAUCCCAGAGCACCAUGCGCACGCAUACAAACACUCAGACCCAUUAUCCUAGCCAGUCCAACUACCAGUAUGUUUUUGGAAGGUGGCAAUAAACUGCAAAUGUACAUGAACACAUGAAGUUCAGGAUCAAACCCAGAACCUUGGACCUGUGAGGCUGUGAUGCCACCUACUGCACCAUGUGGCACCUAUACACUGUAAUUGAUUUCUGAUUAAUUUAACAUUCAUGUGAUAUUGAUGCAAGCUAUCAUGUUCUUUUAUUUUAGUUUUUCUAAAAUUUGACAUGAGCUUGAUAAAUAUUCAAUAUAUAAUUUAUAUUAUAGAAAUGUUUAAGAUGAAUUUCACCAGAAUA